UUAGUUUCUGACUAUCAUUUCCGUUUCCUCGAAUCCGCCAUUUUGAAUUCCUUUUGUCAAAUUAGUGCUUGCGGUAGAACCGAGCAAAAUGCAGUUGUGCUUUCGCGGACUAUCAACGCACGUGCUUGAGUGCCAGAGCAAUGAGACCAUUGCUGAAAUCAAGGAUCGCAUUGCGGCUUUGGAAAACCUGAACAGCAGCGAAAUCAGUCUCUACGCCAGCGGUGUUCCCGUGGCCGAUGCCAGUUUGGUGUCAGAAUUCGAAAAUACUGAUAUUGAGUUGACUGUUGGUUUGUUGGGUGGUAAAGUCCACGGUUCUUUGGCACGUGCAGGCAAAGUCAAGGGUCAGACCCCCAAAGUUGAAAAACAAGAAAAGAAGAAGAAGAAGACAGGUCGCGCCAAGAGACGUAUUCAGUACAACAGAAGAUUCGUCAAUGUUGUGGCCACUUUUGGACGUCGCCGCGGCCCCAACUCAAACGCUGGAGCGUCAUAAUUUCGUAUUUUAAGUUUUAUAUUCAUAACUGCAAUGAAUAAAUAAAAUAAGAAGUAAAACAA